AAAAUAAAAUAAAAUCCGUAGAUAUAUAUAUAUGCUGGGAAUGUUUUGUAAUCUGAUUAUUUAAAGAAAAAAAAAAAAAAGUGGUAAUGUAAUAAAAUAGAGUAUGCUAGAUUCGCGCGAAUAUACAUUAGGUUGAAAAUUUAUUUGGGAGCGGCGCAUGAUAGCGCGGUGACAUUCCCUCCUUUCUGUAAAACCCUUACGUUGAGUGCCCUCUGUAUCGUCACGUCACGUUCACGAUCAUGUCUAAAUCGUUGAAGCUUAACGCCUCCAACCCUAAAGUCUGGCUCCUCAUUGGAAUAGGACUCGCCGGCGCCGUCGUUCUGGUCGAGACCCGCCGGAGGCGACGGUGGAAGCUCCCCAAAGAGGACUUUGGUGCAUUCGUAGAGCGUUUCGAACUUCUCCCCAUUCGUCAACCGGACCAAACGCAAACGCUCUCUGCCCUAAGCUUCGCCAUCAAAGACAUAUUCGAUGUGAAGGGGUAUGUGACGGGGUUUGGGAACCCUCAUUGGAAGAGGACGCACAGUGAAGCUGGGAAGACUGCCAUUGUCAUCACUGCUCUCCUCUCCAACGGUGCUACUUGUGUUGGCAAGACUGUUAUGGAUGAAUUCUCUUUUGGGAUUUCCGGUGAGAACAAGUUUUAUGGAACGCCAAUUAAUCCUUACUUGACCUCAUCCGUCCCUGGCGGUUCCUCCAGUGGUUCGGCUGUUGCUGUUGCUGCACGUCUCGUUGACUUUGCUAUUGGUACCGAUACAACAGGUUGUGUGAGAAUUCCCGCAGCAUUCUGUGGUAUUCUUGGGUUUCGACCAUCUCAUGGGGUUGUAUCCACCAUUGGAGUUCUUCCAAAUGCACAAAGCUUGGACACUGUUGGAUGGUUUGCUCGGGAUGCUUCUGUCCUACGUCAUGUUGGACUUGUUUUACUACCAACGAAUUUGGUGGAACUCAAAAGGACAAGGCGUAUUAUUUUUGCAGAUGAUCUUUUUCAACUUUCUAAAGUUCCUUCACAGAAAACAGUAUAUAUUAUUGACAAAGCAAUUGAAAAUUUGUCUGGUUAUCAGUCCCCGCAACAUAUGAAUAUUUGCCAGUAUAUUGCCUCUAAUGUUCCCAGUUUAAAGGGAUUUCAUGAUAAAUUAACACACCAACGAAAUGGAGUAUCUAUGUUGAAGGAUCUCACUCUGGUUAUGUUUUCUUUACAAGGAUAUGAAUUCAAAACAAAUCAUGAAGAGUGGUUUAAAUCAGUCAAACCCAGGUUAGGACGUGCUGUGUCUGAGCGUGUUAUUGCAGCCAUGAAUAGUACACAUGAUCAUGUGAAAACCUUGUAUAAAGUAAGAAAUGAAAUGCGGGUUGCUUUCCAACGUUUGUUAAAGGAUGAUGGAAUACUGGUUAUUCCCACUGUUCCAGAUGAUCCAUUAAAGCGUAAUACAGAUAAAGGAUUUUCUUCUGAGUUUCAUGACAGAGCUUUUGCAUUAUCUAGCAUUGCUAGUAUCUCUGGAUGUUGUCAGGUUGCAAUUCCAUUAGGAUGUCACAAAGAUUGUUGUGCUUCUGUCUCGUUCAUCUCGGCCCAUAGAGCUGAUAAAUUUCUUCUUAAUACGGUUUUGGAUAUGUAUACAACAAUUCAGGAGCAAGUUAGUGUUGCUUAUGCUUUGCCCCAACCGGAUACAAAUGGUGGUAUAGAAACUUCCGAGCUUUUGAAGGAGAAGGGAAAUGCAGCCUUUAAAGGAAGGCUGUGGAAUAAGGCAGUCGAUUACUACAGUGAGGCUAUUAACUUGAAUGGGAAAAAUGCAACUUACUUCAGCAACCGGGCAGCUGCUUACCUGGAGUUAGGAUGCUUUCAGGAAGCUGAAGAGGACUGCAAUAAGGCCAUAUUACAUGAUAAGAAGAAUGUAAAGGCAUAUCUGAGGCGUGGAACUGCUAGAGAACAACUACUUCGUUAUAAGGAAGCUCUGAAAGAUUUCCAGCAUGCUCUCGUUCUUGAACCACAGAACAAGACUGCUAGUCUGGCAGAGAAAAGACUCAGAAAAUCCUGGAGUUGAUACGGGCUGUUCUUUCGACACCGACCUCCAUACGUCUGAAGAAUGUAAUGGCUGCCGAUUUGGUUCCUUUCUUGCACUUUAUACGAGCAACACAGGGAAGACCAGUCUGUGUUGGUGGGAUGCUCCAUUUUUGAUCUCAUCUGGGAAUUUUGUUGUAAAAAAAUAUUAUAGAAAAAAGGCAUAGAAAUUUGGAGCCAAGAAGUAUACGCCGUCUCACCUCCUUUUCUUCCUCCCCACUCUUUGUUUGUGCAACUGUUUAAAAGGCAAAUAAGUUCUGCCUAAUAGUUUUCCCUAACAGGCUUCUGUAAAUUUUAGAUGUGAUUAAAACGUUUUGCAUUUCUGAUUGUGCGGAAAAUAAAACUUUUUGUUUGAGACA